AUGCAAGAAGCAUACGUCAAAACCAGAUUUUGUUGCAUUACCAAACGAUAUGAUGGCGGCGCAAGAGCUUCUCCGCAGGCAUGCGAACAGGUCAAUUUAGUCGAUCAAGUACGGCCGUCGAUUUUCUCAAACAAAUCAGACGAGCGAGUCCUGCACCGAGAUGGUGGCUUGCAGAGCGUGAUUGUUGACCAGAAGUAUAAACGGCCCGAUCUUGUGGUUGGAUUGAGCUUGACGACGUCAUUCGUGCCUCACAUAGGCCAGUUGUCACCGGACAGAUACAGCCCUUUCAAGGACGGGUAUACUUGCUUUCCUUUCCUGGUAGUGGAGGCCAAGUCUGAAAAGGCCGGGCCUGGGUUUGAAGCGAUUCAGCGGCAGUCGGCACUGGCUAUCAGAUCGUGUCUGAAGCUACAGGUAGACCUCGAGACGGAUUCUGGAAAUGAGCUGCUACAUCCGCUGGUGUGGUUCAUUGGAUAUCAAGGAGAUGAAUGGCGUUUAUACUGUGCUAUUCCAAACGGCGACGAGACUAAUGUCGUUGACUGCUGGCACGGCUAUCUGGCCAAUGAAGACCAAGCAUUACAAUUGCUGCUGAUCAUGGAUUGGAUUUGUUACUGGGCACGAGACGUAUAUCGAGAAGCAGUGCUGAAAUGUAUGACGGCCGUAACGUCUCUGGACCGGGGUGUGACGCCGGCUGAAACAGAAUUUUCGGCCUAUAGCGACGGCACUGGCGAUUUACUCUAUUCGAGAACUAUAUCGCUUCCUUUGAGAUCCUCCAGACCACCGCUAGUCCGACCUGUUGUCUUUUCACAGCAUCCCGAGGCCUCAGACGCGGGACAAGUGCGCGAAUCCCUUGACGAAUUCGCCGAAGACACCACGAUGGGAGAUCUAUCUUCAUCAGUCGAAGACAACCAAGGCGGUGCUGUCACUGAUAGCACUAGUGCUAUCACGGUAGUUGAUGCGAGCAACCUUCUUGUGGAGUGGAAACACCUCUCAAUCCCUGAGGAGGAAAAGGAGCUCCUGGAAAUGAUUCGCAGUGGCCUCUGGGACAAAAGCUUCCGGGAAAUUGCUUGGGAGCUGCUUGAGGUCCUGACCGAUGACGCACACACCGUGCGACUUAGUCGGCGUGUGGUCAGGGAUUUGUGGGAAGGGAGGCCAGAGAGCCCUGAUCACGAAUUUGAAGACGAGGAACCGAUCUCCACACUCGUCGUGUUCCGCAGUCGUUUUGACGAAGCAACAUGGCAAGUAGUCCAGUCAUACACAGUCAUCACGUGUAGCCAGGAAGCGGCACAACAGCUAGCGAUCGUUGCCCGGGCCGGCGAAAGCGUCACCUUGCCAUUGAGCUACUGGAAAGCUCAUAAUUGUGAUUGCUUGAUGAUAGCUGCCAACGCGUUCCAGUCAAUCAGUGGGAGGCAGUCUGCGUUGUUGGCAGGCUCACAAGAGGUAUACUGUCUUGUACCCGACGACCUGGGCCACCCAGGGGUGCAUAGUCGAUGGGAACGAUAUGACCGGAGCCAGUCCAAGUUGCUGCUCGGAAGGAUCGAGACGGUGGUCAAUAAUAUGGGAGACCGGACUCCGGAGCUUGCGCGUUUUGCGAAUCGAGCCUCCCAGCGGUAUCCCAGCAUCGAUCAUCUUUUCGACACCCGCACCAUCGACAAUUUGCCAGGAAUUUUGCUGAAGAGACCUGUUCUAUGGCCCGCCGGGGGUCCAUUGUGGUGCUUCCUGACCUUUGAGCCGACUCACCCAGAGAAUAUAGAGCAGCAACUCGCACUUGUCAGAGAUGGAAAAGGAAUCUUUGCGGCUGACGACUUGACGAACGAAGACCACCAGUCCCUUGCGGAAGCAAUUGCACAGAUGUACGUCGAUGCCGAGUGA